AUGUCAACUAGAAGAACAGUCAUACCUUCAACGAAACCAGAGAGUUGUCUGUCUGCUGACGUCGAGAAGAUUCAAAAUUUCAUUGUUAUCUGGUUGGACAACCAUAUUGAUGAUCGAAAUGAAGAUUGUCGGAAUCCAAUUAAACAACUUGAACUCAUUGCUACCGGUAUCAAUAUGUUUACGGAUAGUGAUGAAUGUGUCGAAUUCAUACUGAAUUGCGAUCAUUCUAAAGUAUGCUUAAUUCUUUCUGGUUCACUUGGGAAACGCAUUGUACCUUGUGUACAUGAAAUCCUUCAAUUAUAUUGGAUUUUCAUCUUUUGCGAGAACGAGCAACGUAAUGAGCCAUGGGUGGAGAAUUGGGUGAAGAUAAAAGGCGUGUACACUGAUAUAAUAUCAGUCUGUAAAGCUGUUGACGAGAUGUUUGGUCACUAUGAGCAGAAUACAAUACCAAUGAGCUUCGUACCACCUGGAAGGAAACGGGAUCAACUAGAUCCAUCAUUUAUGUAUACACAACUUCUCAAAGAACGGCUGUUAACCAUUGAUUUUGAAGAUAAGCAUAUUGAAGAAUUCGUCAAUGAUUAUCCUACUCUUUUAAGGAUCGAUAACAAACCACUCAAUAAUACUGAGCAGCUUGUGCAUGAUUAUCGCACGAAGACGCCCAUUUAUUGGUAUAGCAGAGGAAACUCUCUUCAUUCUAUGUUGAACCAUGCCCUGCGAAUGAUGAACAGUAAUAUAAUCGUGCGAAUGGGAUUCUUCAUCAAAGAGCUUCACCAACAAAUCCAACAAUUGCACAAAAAACAAUAUAUUGAUACAUGUUAUUCUAAUGUAUUUACGGUUUACCGUGGACAAGGUCUGUCUAAAUCAGAUUUUGAACAACUUACUAAGGCCAAGGGUGGAUUGAUGUCAUUCAAUAGCUUCUUGUCUACUAGUAGACAACGGGAGUUAGCUUCUCCGUGGGGUGAGUCUAGCGCAGAUGACCCUGAUUUAGUGGGAAUUCUUUUCAAUAUACAGGUCAAUCCAGCUCAGUCAACAACACCGUUUGCGCAUAUUUCCGAAUUUAGCAAUUUCUCCAAUGAAGACGAAAUGUUAUUUUCUAUGCAUACUGUAUUUCAUGUCCAUGAUAUAAAAUGUAUCAACCAUAAUCACACAUUCUACGAGGUAAAUCUCUCACUUACCAAUGAUUCUGACAAAGAAUUAUGCACACUUGCUGAUCACAUUCGACAAGGAAGUUCUUCAAGUCGGAAUGGUUGGGCAGAAAUAGGGUAUCUAUUGGUACUACUGAAUGAUAAUACGAAGGCUGAGCAGAUUUACACAACGUUAUUAAACGAAAGUUCAAAUGAUAUUGAUACGGCAGCAAUUUAUAGCCAACUUGCUACAAUCAAACGCAGCCAGGGUGCAUUUUCGAAAGCAAUAGAGUAUGAUGAGAAGUCUCUUUUAAUUAGACAACAGUUACUUCCUGUAAAUCAUCCUGACUUAGCGAUAUCCUACAACAACAUUGGUUUGACUUGUUAUAGUAUGGGCGAUUUUCAGCAAACACUUGAAUACCUCGAGAAAGCUCUUUCGAUUGAUGAACAAUCACUUUCUCCACAACAUCCUGCCUUAGCUACAUCGUACAGCAAUAUUGCUUCGCUGUAUGAUAGAAUGGGAGAUUAUCCAAAAGCAUUGCAACACUAUGAGAAAGCUCUUUUGAUCAAUGAACAAUCGCUUCCUGUAAAUCAUCCUGAUUUAGCCACGUCUUACAACAACAUUGGUUCGACUUAUUACAAUAUGGGUGAUAGACCAAAAGCAGUCGAAUACUUUCAAAAAUCUCUUUUGAUUAAACAACGAUCGCUUCCUCGAAAUCAUCCUAGCUUGGUAUUUCCCUACAAUAAUAUUGGUGUGACAUGUCAAAAAAUGGGUGAUUAUUCGACAGCACUCAAAUACUUCGAGCAGGCACUUUUAAUUACACAGCAAUCACUACCUGAAAAUCAUCCUGACUUACCGUUUUCCUAUAAUAACAUUGGCUCAGUGCAUAGUGAUAUGGGUAAUUAUUCGAUGGCACUCGAAUACUUCCAAAAAGCUCUUUUAAUUAAGGAAAAAUUGUUUCCUUCUAAUCAUUCUGACUUAGCGUUUACCUACAGCAAUAUUGGUUUGGUGUAUCAGAAUAUAGGUGACUAUCAAAAAGCACUCUUCUACGGUGAGAAAGCUCUCUCAAUUACACAGCAGUCGCUUCCUGAAAAUCACCCUGAUUCAGCAUUUUUAUACAACAAUAUUGGUACAAUCCACGAUAAACUCGGUCACUAUCCGAAAGCACUUGAGUAUUUUGAGAAAGUUCUUUUAAUAAGACAACAAUCAUUCUCUCCCAAUCACUCUGACUUGGCAUUUCCCUACAACAAUAUUGGUACGGUGUAUCACAAAAUGGGUAAUUAUUCGAGAGCACUCGAAAACUUUCAGAAAGCUCUUUUUAUUAGACAACAGUCACUUCCUCCCAAUCAUCCUGACUUGACAGCUUCCUACAACAAUAUUGGUAUGGUGUAUCAAAAACUGGGUAACUGGCCAGCAGCACUCGAAUAUAUCAAGAUUGCUCUUUUAACUGGACAACAAUCGCUUUCUCUAAAUCAUCCGAGUCUGGCCCCAUUAUACAAUAACGCUGGUUUCGUGUAUAAUAAUAUGGGUAACUAUCCAAGAGCACUUCAACAUUAUGAGAAAGCUCUUCAAAUCAUACAACAAUCACUCCCUUCAAAUCAUCCCGACUUGAUAUUUCCAUACAACAAUAUUGGUACGAUAUAUCAAAAAAUGGGUAAAUGCUCGACAGCACUCGAAUACUUUCAGAAAGCUCUUUCAAUUACACAAGAAUCACUCCCUCCCAAUCAUCCUGACUUGGCAGCUUCCUACAACAAUAUUGGCAUGGCGUAUCAAAAAAUGGGCGAUUAUUCGAGAGCACUCGAAAACUUCGAGCAAGCGCUUUUAAUUAUACAGCGAUCCGUUCCUGUACAUUAUCCUCGUUUAGCUAUAUGCUACAGCAAUAUGAGUUUGGUGUGCUGUCAUAAGGAUGAUUUCAAAAAAGCUCAUAUGUUUUGUGAAUAUAGCGUACAAAUUGCGGAACAGUCAUUACCAGAGAAUCAUCCAGAUCUUUUGAAGACUGAUAAUUUAGAACUCGAUGAUUUACCUCGCUCCGGAAGACCAAUAGAGGUGGAUAUGGAUGCUUUGAAGCAGCUCAUCGAAGAAGAUCCCAGAUUGACUACACGAUGUUUAGCAAAGCGACUCGGUUGUGCUCGUACUACACUGGAAACACACCUGAAAGAAUUGGGCUAA